UCUGUGUUCUCCCCCAGCCCUGUUCUCUCCAGCUGCCCUCCAAGAUUGUGUCCUUUAUCCUUUGGCGAAGGAGUUGAGUUUGACCCUUUACCAGCAAAGGAAAUAAGAUACACAUCCUCUGUUAAAUACGACUCGGAGAAGCACUUCAUCAAUGACGUGUAUAUGCCAGUGGGCUUAAGCGUUUCCUCUUGCAGUCAGACGGUCAUCUGUGUCCCAAACUGCACGUGGCGCAAUUACAAAUCGGAGGUCCACUUAGAGCCCCGCAACAAGCCCCAACGUUUCACCAGCACCACCAUCGUCUACCCGAAGCAUGCCAAGACUGUGUACACCACCACGCUGGAUUACAACUGUCGUAAAACCGUGCGGCGGUUCCUCUCCAGCAUAGAGCUGGAAACGUCGGAGUGCCUUGGGAACGACUGUGUCCUGGAUGGUUGCUGA